UUGGGGUAUGGUAAUCUCUCACCAUCACAGGCUCUCACGGAUAGGCAGACGCGAACACAUGUAGUCACGAGGGUAUCACCUUCCCGGAUGCGUUGUCAUAUAUUUCAGAUCUUAAUGCUUUCCUAGUUUCAGAUUUUUUUCAGAUGGUAUCAUCAACUUAACGAACCAUCGUCACUGGAAUAUAUAAAGAGGAAUAAAGGUAUAUGAGUUGUGAUCGACACAUGGCGGACUGAACCAGGAGCCAAAUACAAAAUCUAUCUCUCAGAGAGAGACUCUGAAUCUACUUUUACUCGAUUCAGAUUCAAAGGAAGACGAUUCGAUCGACUGUAAUCUCAAAAUCCGAGGAAUUAAGAAGGGAACUGCUUGAUUGCAAUAGAUGUUGUUUUCGGGUUUGAUAAAGGUCAAUGUGAAUUGGGAAUUCGAAGGGAGAUAAAUGAGUUUGAGGUUUGGUUGGUGUGAAUUAUCAUUGAUGGUUCUAAAUUAAAUUUAUGCAAGUCUUUGAGGUUGAAGAGAAUGAAAUGGGUUACGCAAUGAGUAGACUCGAGAUAGAUGCCGACCUCUGCGACGACUAUGGGAAGACCAUCGGAAGAGCUUCUGCCAGUCGAAGCAAGAGACACAAGGAACCAUUGGUUUACCUCGAUCAUGAAAUUUCUCAGCUUACGAAGCUUAAAUCGGAACCCAGUGAGAUUUUGAGUCGGGUGGCACCUGGGAAGCGGGAGUUGCCCGUUUCUGCGGUGAAGAUGUUGGUCGGUCGAGAAGCCAACUAUACGGGGAGGGGAAGGUUCUCACAAGCAGAUUGUUGUCAUCUUCUUGGCAGAUAUUUGCCUGUCAAUGGUCCAUCCCGGGUUGAUUUCAUGAAAAGCCGAGCUUAUGUCUCCCAGUUCUCUGCUGAUGGUUCCCUCUUUGUUGCUGGAUUUCAGGGGAGCCGCAUCAGGAUAUAUAAUGUGGAUAAAGGUUGGAAAGUUCAGAAGGACAUCCAUGCCAGAAGUCUGAGAUGGACAGUUACUGAUACGUCUCUUUCUCCAGAUCAACGCUAUCUUGUUUAUGCUAGUAUGUCGCCUUUUGUCCAUAUUGUGAAUGUUGAAUCAUCUACGAGAGAAUCACUGGCUAACGUUACUGAAAUACAUGAUGGUUUGGAUUUUUCUGUUGAUGAUGAUGGUGAAUAUUCUUUUGGGAUCUUCUCUGUCAAAUUUUCAACUGAUGGACGGGAACUUGUUGCUGGAAGUAGUGAUGAUUCGAUAUAUGUGUAUGACCUUGUAGCAAAUAAGCUUACACUUAAAAUUGGAGCGCACACGUCUGAUGUUAAUACAGUAUGCUUUGCUGAUGAAAGUGGCCAUUUAAUAUAUUCUGGGAGCGAUGAUAAACUUUGUAAGGUGUGGGACAGACGGUGCUUUAAUGCAAAAGAGAAACCUGCAGGGGUCCUGAUGGGACAUCUAGAAGGCAUUACAUUUAUUGACAGCCGGGGAGAUGGCUGCUAUUUUAUUUCAAAUGGUAAAGAUCAGACCAUCAAACUUUGGGAUAUCCGGAAAAUGUCCUCAGAUGAUGUUACAUGCAAUGCAAGAUUUAGGAAUUAUGAAUGGGACUACAGAUGGAUGGAUUACCCUGACCAGGCAAGAGACCUAAGACAUCCAGGUGAUCAAUCAUUGGCUACAUUCAGAGGUCAUUCGGUCUUGCGCACUCUGAUUCGCUGUUAUUUCUCUCCAGCUUAUAGCACUGGUCAAAAGUACAUAUACACUGGCUCUAAUGAUCAUUGUGUUUAUAUCUAUGAUUUGGUGAGUGGGGCCCAAGUUGCUAAACUUGGCUACCAUGAAUCAACUGUAAGAGAUUGUAGUUGGCACCCUUCCUACCCGAUGCUUGUUAGCUCUUCUUGGGAUGGGGUCAUAGCCAAAUGGGAAUUUCCCGGAGGAGGGGAAGCACCAGCUCCUGUGGUACAUAGGAGAAGCCGGAGGAGACACAUGUUCUGAAGUCUCUGAAUGGCUUAUGGUGUUACAUCUGUUCAUGGUAUAUUGGUUGCAAGUGUUUAUUAUAUGAAUUGGCGUUUCAAGUUAUUUUAGGAGCCAGAAAGAGAAAUAGCUAUAGUCUAUGGCUGUAAUGCCUCCAAUAUAUAAAGUUGCAGCUUUGUCACCCAAAAACAUUCCUUGUAAAGAAAUUGUUGAAUAUUAUUGUGGUAUAUUAAGCCAUGGUCACCUCUUUGUUCUUAUUUCUUCCUCAUUCGAUGUUAUUUUCUUUUUCUGUUUAUGUGGAAGCAUAUGGUAAUGCUCUGCAUCGUC